AUGACUUGGUCCAUCGAACUCUCUCAAUAUGACAUACGGUACGAGCCCCGACAAGCCAUCAAGGCGCAGGCCAUGGCAGAUUUUUUGGUUGAAGUAACAGGAGACCCAGGCGAAGACAUGGGUACACGGUGGAAGCUCUAUGUGGACGGAGCCUCCAACCAGACCUUCGGAGGAGCCGGGAUCAUCCUAGAAAGUCCAAACGGGGUCGUAUACGAACAGUCGGUCAGAUUCGAGUUUCCCAUCUCGAACAACCAAGCAGAAUACGAAGCCCUCAUAGGAGGCUUGACCCUAGCAACAGAGGUCGGCGCAAAAAGGCUGGAAGUAUGCAGCGAUUCCCAAGUCGUCACUUCCCAAGUAAACGGCAGCUAUCAAGCCAAGGACCCCUUGUUGCAGAAAGAAAGGAACACACGAGCAGACCUCCUAUCAAAAGUAGCCAGCACGAAGCCAGGGGAGGGAAACCGGUCUCUCAUCCAAGGCAUGACAAGGGAACCUGCAAUUGCACUACACAUAACAACCCUAAGUUCUUCAUGGCUGGACCCCAUCACCAACUACCUAGAACACGGCCAAGUCCCUGGUGACGAAAAGGAUGCGGGGAAAUUAAGGAGAGAAGCGGCCAAAUACGCCGUCAUCCAAGGACAGCUGUUCAGAAAAGGGCUCAGCCAGCCCCUAUUGAAGUGCCUACACCCCGACCAAACGGACUACGUCCUCAGGGAAGUCCACGAGGGCUGCUGUGGGCACCACAUCGGAGGAAAAGCCCUAGCGAGGAAGUUGAUCCGAGCUGGGUACUACUGGCCGUCGAUGAUGGCAGAUUCCAAAGAGUUUGUCAAAAAGUGCAUAAAGUGCCAACAGAACGCUAACUUUGCCAAGGCACCGGCAAACGAGUUGAGCUUGCUGACGACUUCCCGGCCGUUCGCUCAGUGGGGAAUCGACCUCUUAGGGCCCUUCCCUGUCGGCCCCGGGCAGGUGAUAACACGGUUCGGGAUACCAGAAGUCGUUAUCUCGGACAACGGCACACAAUUUGCUGACAAAAAGUUCACAGAAUUUCUCAACGGCCUAGGUAUAAGGCAAAGGUUCUCCUCGGGUGCUUGGGCCGACGAGCUGGCAUCGGUCCUCUGGUCUUAUCGAACAACCGAGCAAUCCUCCACCAAGGAAACCCCUUUCCGACUAACGUACGGGGUGGAUGCAGUAAUACCCGUGGAGAUCGGUGAACCGAGCCCGCGAUUGCUUUUGAAAGGAGUAGAGGAAACUGUAGAAAAGGACCUGAUAGAUGAAGCCCGGGAAAUGGCCCAUCUGACGGAAACAGCGCUAAAACAAAGAAUAGCUCUGCGCUACAACACCAAAGUGCUCAAGAGGGAAUUUGAGCCUGACGACCUCGUCCUGAGACGGAAUGAUAUCGGCCUGCCGACCCCCGGAGAAGGCAAGCUAGCGGCAAACUGGGAAGGCCCUUACAGAGUAAAAAAGGCGAUGGGAAAAGGAGCCUUUAAGUUAGAAAGGCUCGAUGGCAAGGAGGUCCCGAGGACAUGGAACGCGGACAACCUUAGAAGAUUCUACUCCUAG